UGUACUAUGUGCAAUGACAAUAAAGUUGAAUCUAAUCUAAAAAAAAAAAAAAAGAUAAGGGAACUGAAAGUGUUCCAUAAUAGACCUCUUUGCAAGCUGAUGUUCAUGGGUUUUUGGUAAGAGUUCCUUUUUGCGAGAGGUUUGAAUUUUGGUUGAAAGAAGAAAAGGAACGCGUCGCUAUGGAUAAGUUCAGGGCUGUGAUGAAUUUAGUCCAAAAAUGGCAAACGACCCUUGGAUUGGGCUUGAUACCGUUACUAACGGCAGGUGCCGAGCAUGUUUUUUCAACCUUUGCCUUCAAGUGUCCAUGCAGCGAAUGGAGCUUUCUGUAUGGGACGGUGUCUCUUCUUGUGCCGGCCGCGGCUCUGCUUAUACUUGGGUACAUGAUAAGCAAUAAAACGUGGAAAUUGUUCACAGGCUUGUGUCUGAAUAAGUCUAAACGUUUUCGUUUCAAAUCCAUGUGCGGCUGCCUAGGUGUUUUCCUUCAGAUCACAAUGACCGCUAUGGUGGCACCUGUCUCCUGGAUCGCAAUAGCGCUUCUUAACGGCGUUUAUUUUGAAUGUAAUAUUACGGGCUCUAAUGUCACUCAUCUGAAGAGCUACCUGUGUCAUGGGAGAUCGGACUCCUGCCAGACCGAGCUCCACAAGUUACAGUUGCCCUGUGAUAAAACUGCAGCGGACAGAGACGCUAUCCUUACAACCAUACGCGCGCAGUCCCAGGUAAGUGAGUGACCGAGUAGCCUAUUUGAUGGGUAUGAUAAUAUAACAGUUCCGUGAAUUGUAUUUUCUUUGUCAGAAAGUGUGAAAGCUUUAAAUGCUGAGACUGAUAGUGCUAUAGGGUUUCUGGGAAGUACCUAAUAUGGAAGACUAUACUGCCACCACAGUAAGCUGAGUUAUCCUAUGUGCUUCUAUAUUCAGUUCCACAAUACAACCUAUAGUCACACUUUACUUUAUGCUGUUUAUUUCACUAUGAGGACUAAUUCAUUUAUGUUUAAGUUCCUUGAGGAAGUUAUCAAAUUGAAAAAAUCAACUACAGGCCUGCAUUAGACUUCUGCCUCCCAGAGAAUGUCCACUUUGUAGUGGCAGUAAAACUAGCAAGCUAACCACCUAAAAAGCAUUCAGAAACCUUGCAAACAACAACUCAGUUGAUACUGAUAAAAGCUUGCUAGCAUGCUAACUGGUUUAUUUGGGUUAUAUUGUUGACAAUGUCAUACUGGGAAAGCUUUUCUUACAUUUUCACAGGGAGUUUUGACCCUGACCACAGAACUACAUAGUGCAUAGUCUGGGUGGCCAGUGAGAAGGACAGGUGAUCUUAUCUGUCCUCCACAUGGCUAUGUACCAUGAAAACUGGUUGUCUAUAAAAACAUACAUUAAAAAGUUGCAAAUGUCUGCAUACUGUUCCUUCAAACAAUGUCGCAGAUUAACCCCUUGACUGUGUCCUUCAAUAGGAAAUAUCUUUUACAGCAUAAACCUUUCAUU